CACUAGACGUAUGACGUCCGUACAUAAGUUGGUAGGAGGUAAUCAAAAUCAAUUCAAUUUCGUUCCUCGAAUUUCAGUUUUCCACCAUGUAUUCUUAAAAUAAACUAUGCGGAAAAAUAGACUGAUCCAAUUGUUUAUAAAUUAACAUACAUAAAAAUGGACAGCAACAGUGAUUAUGAGGAGAACGAGAUACCUAUAUGGCAGGAGCCGAGACGGGAGCCCCUGGGCGCUCCGAAGGAGACUUUGUGUGAAGAAACCCCACCUGAACAAGCUACAGGAGAUAGGUUGCACGCAUUGGAGGAGGAACAGGAAAUAUUAUCAUCUUCAGUGUUUUCUUUGACGUCACAUUUAGCGCAAGUAGAGUUUAGACUACGACAAAUAUUAAAGGCCCCUGCUGAAGAAAAGGAUCUUAUGUUAAAAGCUUUGGAAGAGUUUACGUCAAGAGGGGUGACUGACACGCGGGCGGCGCCACAGGGCAGCUCGGGUGACACGAGUUGUAGUGAAUGUUUAGAGUUGGAAAGGAAAAUGCGAAGACAACGCGCUAAACAGGCGCAUUUUAUCGAAAGAUUGAAAGCCCAGUUGAAAGAGUUAGAAAGGUUUGUAGCCAACCCUAGUUCCAAAAGUGAUAGUAGACACAGAGUAUUAAUAGAGCAUUUAAGAAGUGAAAUAGACCAAAGCCUGGAUGAAGGAUGCCAUCAACCGUUAAGUGCUGAUGAACUGAGACAUCAAAUUAAUUGUGCUGUCCGUCAGUACGCGGACCGGCAGCUGUCCAAAGAUGAAAUAAUUAGUAAACUACAGAUUCAUGUUGAGGACAUGCAAAAAUUCAUUAGUUUAAUGAAAUCCGAGGAACUAAGAGACAACGGCAAGACAAAAACGGAACCUAAGAAGGUUAAUUCUCAAAAUUUCGAGAAAAAUUUCCACAAAAACAAAGUGAAUGAUGAUCUUAAAACGGAAACCAUCAACUUGAUGAGGAAGGCUUCUACGUUAAUACAAAUUUUUACUGUAUCACAGUUUGGUUGUUCACCAAAUUCAAGUAAAAGCUUUGAUAGGAAAUCCUCCACUAUUGUCACCCAUUGGGGCAAUCUGCGUGCUAAACUUGAAAUGUCAAUAGAUGCUGUGCUCCACUUGGUGUCACGAGACAGAUCGUCCCAUUCAAUUAUUGAUAGUUAUGAUAGUGAAUCAGAAGAGGGCGGAAUCACCAUCAACGAUGCACCACUAACGACUGCUGUACGACGUCACUUAGCUGUUAAUUUGAGGGACUUACUCCACCAUGGAUUGGUGGGGCCAGAGUCAUCAUCUCUAGUCCCUAUAAUUGGCUGCUUUCCUGUCAGAAGGUCUUCAGCGUCUCAGGCACCUCAUAUUUGGGAACUUAUUUUACGGUACUAUGAAUUGAACGAUGGGGACAGGUUUAAUUCUACUCCAGCUAGGAAAUUAAGUCAAAGCUUUAACUUAGAUAUAGUCGGGGGGACGGCUAUCACUAAUAAACAGAGUUUGUUGAGCACCAUUGGCAGCAUUAUAGCAACGCACACUCCAUACAAAAGGAGUUACGAUGCUCACUUCAAAGCUUUAGUUUGUGCUGCCUUGAACUGCCACAAAUUGGUUUUAUGGCUAAAUAUCAUACUUAAAAAUCGCUCUUUAAUAGAUUCUUAUUAUUCUUCGACUAGUUAUAUUGUAAAUACAGGUUUUCAGGAUACACUGCAGAGCCUCGAUCGGUUGACCCCGCAUAAUUUUGAUCUGCCUGUAGAUCUUGCUGUGAAGCAGUUCCAAAAUAUUAAGGAUGUAUUUAUGUAACUUAUCAUUUAAGUAUACACUUUUAUACAUAAUCAAAUGUUAAGAUGCCUUCCAUGAUCAAUUGGUCAUGCUUCACUUGAUAUAAUUACUAGCCUAAUAUUCUAGUCCUUAGGUAAUAGUAUAUAUAUAUAUAUAUAUAUAUAUAUAUAUAUAUAUAUAUAUAUAUAUAUAUAUAUAUAUAUAUAUAUAUAUAUAUAUAUAAAUAUAUAUAUAUAUAUAAAUAUAUAUAUAUAUAAAUAUAUAUAUAUAUAUAGUAUUUAUCUUAAUAAUCUUAUUCCGGCUAUAGCAAUUAAUGCUCAAAAUAUUGAUGAUUUAGAAUUCAGUUUUCUUAAUCAUUCCAAUUCUUAAUUAAUUUGCUGUGAUGAUUUGUAACACCUACUGUUUUUUUUUAUUCACAGGAGGAACUACAUGUGUGUACUGUCUAAUAUAAAAACAUUAUAAAUUAGUAGUGAAAUAAAAAUUUAAAUAGGACUUCAAUGAGACUUUGUACAAAAGUCGAUUGCUUGGUUACCUCUGUCCCAUUCGUGUUUCAACCGUAAAGCAGUUGUGUUUGCACGGCUGUGUUUUAGUUUGAAAAGUGGGAUAUGACGUGAAUUUACUGGGUACAGAGGAAUAACACCCCAGUCCUCAGGAAUGACAACGCAUGGGGGGUAUCAUGGGCGAAACAGUAUACUCUGUUAUGUCCAUGGUACUGCUCAUGUCUAUAGGCGACGGUUACCACUUUCCAUCAGGUGGGCCUUCAGCUUGUUUGCUAUUCUAAGUUGAAUAAAAAAAAUGAAAAUAGACACCAAGUAAAAUAUUGUCUACUGUUAAGAUUUUUAUGCUUUUUUUUUUUACAAAUUUCACAUAUAACCAAUAGAUAAUUGUGACAAAAUAAUUGUACUCAAAACAUGAGAAUUAUAAUUAAUAUAAUUCUCAUUCUCUUAAAAUUGAAUUCUACGAUUGAGCACAUAAAAAGAGCUUAACUUGAAUGUAAUCUUCUAUGAUUCUAAACUUUCUAAACUAUAUAUACUUUUUUUAUUCUUGAUUAUAGUACGUUCCAAAUUCAUUCCACUUGGGUAGUUUUGAUUUAGUGUAGUCAUAAAUAUUAUAAUGGCAUGGUGUGAUAAAUAAAUUACUUAUCAAAUUGAAAAUAUACCAAAGAUUUUACCAAACGUAUUUGUAUUGUGCAAAUCAUGUAAAACAAUUAUUAUAGAUAAAAUAUAAUGUAGAUGAAGCAUC